AUGGGUUUAAAGAAGAAGAAAGAGAUUCAGGUUGAUACCUUUGUUUUUGAUCGGCAACAGCUUGAGAGACUUCAGACUUUUGUAGAUGCAGAAGGACAGAACCUAGCAUCUCUUCUAUUGCACUGUGGGAUGUUGUCUGAUGGCAUUCAGCAAAUCCACUGUAUCAAACAGAUUGUGCCUUUACUUCAAAUGAUGGAUACAACCUCUUUGUGUGAUCCCAUGGUUCAAAGUUGUAUAGAUAUUUUGGGAGCAAUAUUUUUAUCACUGGAUACAAAGAACCCUUUGAAAAAGGUAUUAGCAAGCUCCUUAAAUGGCCUUCCUGAAUCUCUUCUGGCAGAAGCUACGCAUUGUUUUGUUGGCUGCCUCAGAGAAGAAUUAAAAACUACAGAUCUGCCUCAGUAUAGAAAGGUUAUGGAAAAUCUGGUUUCCUGUGUUGAAAAUGCCAAUAUAGGUAGAUCAAGUCUGAAUGCCCUAUUCAAAGAAGCUCUUCAGUUUUUACUGAAGUCAUUACUUGAAAUGGAGGAAGAAAACAGAAAGCUUAUUGGAAAUCAUAUUGCCCAAACGAGACUGAUGCAUGAUUUGUUGAUGGGUGUUAAAGUUUCAAUGAUGUUGAUACAAAAAAUGCAAGCAGAUAUUCGGGAAGAUCUUUGGAAGAGACCAGAUUCUCCUAUUUGGAAAAGUAUGUGUGGGCUACUGAACUGUUUUACUUGCUUUUUAAUCAAUGAAGAACUCUUGCAAACUGUCCAGACGACAGCAGGGUUGGCUCUUAUUCUCUUCAUUAAGACUAUGUUUGUGCCAGUUGAAAAGCUACCUUGUUUGAUCAGCGACUUGCUUCAUGGCUCACUGAAAUGUUCAAACAUACCAGGCUGGUUUGUGGACAGCUGUGGGAGCCUUUGCACAGCUGGACUCUCGGACUCAGUCCUCCUUUUUGUUUGCCACGGAGCACUCGCCAUGUUAGAAUGGAGGGAUGGCAGCAUGGGACACAAUGGAGAGAAACUGCUUCUGGAUAUUUCCUAUGUUUUGUUGGUCUUGAGUAGAAGGUUAAAAGAGUCUAACAUGGCAGCAUCCUUGUCCAGAAUUUUAGCAAUAUGGACAAAUUCAGCCUUGGGUGCUGUUCAGUCCAGUUCUGAAAACCUGAAUUUUGCUCUCAAUGGGAACUCGGACACAAUUAGAAAAAUGCUGGACUAUGUGUAUUCACAUUGGGAACAUCCUUUGGAUGCUGUUAGGCAUCAGACCAAACUCAUAUUUAAGAAUGUCCUCCAAAUACACCGUGCCACCACAAAAGGAUCCCUUGUGAAACUGGACCCUUUCUUCUUGGCGUUGACUGAGAGUUUGUUAAAUUUAGAAUGGCAUGUUAAAGGCAAAUAUUCAUCGCUUGGCUGUCUCGUGGAGAGCGUUGGCUGUGAUAACAUUUUGGCGAUGGAUAGGACAAUUCCUGCUCAGAUCUUGGAUGUAAUGAGCGAUCAGUCUUUUGCACCUUAUGCGAGUGACUUGUUGGAAGUAAUGUUUAUGAAUCACAAGAAGCAUCUUACAUCUGUAAAGGAAGGAAAAGCCUGGAUUGAUGAUUGGCAUGAGACUUGGGUGUCUCCUUUGCUUUUGAUUUUGUGUGAUGGGAAUACAGAGCAUGCCACCUAUAUAAUAGAUUAUUAUCUACCAAAGUUGCUGAAAUGUAGCCCUGAAAGCUUGAACUACAUGAUUGAAAUCCUUCAGACUUCAGCUGAAUCCUGUCUUGGUUCCUGCAAUACCAGAGGGGCACUUGGAGCUUUGAUGGCAUGCCUGAGGACAGCCAGAGCCCAUGGGCACCUGCAGUUUACAGAUAUCAUGCACAAUGGCCUUGUCUCUGUUGGAUGUAUAAAACAAGGCUUAGUUCAUCAACAUGAUCAGGUACGGAUAGAUGCUUUAGGUUUGCUUUGUGAAAGCCACCGAAGCACAGAAACUAUUUCUCUGGAAGAGAUGCAGCUGAUCAAGUUUUUUAUUAAAUAUAACUUGAACAGCCAGUCGCCAGCAGUGAGGCAACAGAUCUGUUCCUUGUUGAAAAAGUUGUUCUGUAGGAUACAUGAAAGUUCCCAAACAAUUUAUAAAAUGCAGCAAAUAAAACCAAAACAAGAUCCAGUUAAGCAAUUUAAAUGGAAUCCAUUAGUGACUUUGCAAAACUAUAAGGAUUUCAUGUCAUCUCUCUGUGGAAUGCUUUUUGGAGCCCUGUUUCCUGGUUCAUCUCAUCCGACCAGAUUUACUGCACUGACGCUUUUGGGAAUAAUAACUGAAAUAUUUCCUAUUUCAGAAGGUCAGAGCCAAGUAUUGUUUCAGAUAACGCAAGAAGUUGAUCCCGGUCGUGUUCAAACUCUAUUGCACUGUUUUGCCAGCACAUUUGAGGAAGUAAAGAUCUUGGCAUUUGAAUUGCUGAUGAAACUUCAUCGUGCACUGCCUUAUUUCCAGGAUCCUGAAAGAAUGAAACCAUUGUUUCAAGUGGCAAUGCAGCUCAGCACGAGCACCAAGCCAUAUGAUUGUGUGACUGCUUCCUAUCUACUGAACUUCUUGAUACAUCAGGAAGGCCUGCUUCAGGUCUGUUUUAAAAAUCACCUCCUUCUGGACACGUUUCAGCCAGAUAAGGAUACCUCUUCUAACCUAGUGGAAAAGAACACUUUGGCUGUUAUUAAGAACUUGUUAGAAAACCUUGAAGGAGAAAUCCUGCGAGCUGAAAAGUCUCUGUUGCAAGCAGCUGCCUCAUUCCCAAUGUAUGGCAGAGUACAUUGCAUAACCGGAACCUUGCAUCAGUUACCAUUAAAUAAUUUGACACUGAUUCCCGAAUGGAAACAGAUGGUGGCAAAGCUGAUCCUGAUGUCCUAUAAGCUCUCUUCUAUAGUGUCUCCAGUCGUUCAGAGUUCAUCACCUGAAGGACUUAUUCCAAUGGAUACUGACUCGGACACUUCAGAGCGUUUGCAGUUGAUUCUCCAAGAAAUACAGCCCUGUGAUACGAACGAUUAUUUCACAGAAUCAAAAUUGUUGAAAGAAUUCGGUCAGCUAGAUUGUGCCAAUGAAAGAGCUGAAAAUAUUUGCGCUGACAUUACAGGUGGAGAACAGCAAACAUGUGAUGUAACAGCUCAGAUGGUGCUGGUAUGUUGCUGGAGAAGUAUGAAGGAGAUAUCGUUACUUUUAGGCAAGUUGUGUCAACUUCUGCCUUUGCAAGCUGUUCCUGGUUGUUCAGAUGCACUGAUAACAGAAGAGCAGGUAAAAAAUAUAGGGGAAUAUUUCAAGCAGCAUCUCCUGAAGUCCAGGCACAGAGGGGCAUUUGAGUUAGCAUAUGCUGGCUUUGUAAAGCUCACUGAAGUAUUCUCAAGGUGUGACAAUGAGAGUCUGCACAAGCUUCCACAACAGUGGCUAUACAGUGUAUUAGAAGAAAUUAAAUGUAGCAACCCUACAUCUAAACUCUGUGCCACCAGACGCAGUGCUGGGAUUCCGUUCUAUAUACAGGCUUUGCUAGCUUCAGAACCAAAGAAGGGUAAAACAAGAUUGCUAAAAAUGACAAUGAAAGAACUGAUAUGUUUGGCUUCAUCUUCAAACACACCACAAAGCACUAUCCCACAGGUUCAUGCUUUAAAUAUCUUAAGAGCUUUAUUCAAGGAUACCCGUUUAGGAGAAAACAUCAUUCCUUAUGUGGCAGAUGGAAUGCGAGCAGCAAUAUUAGGUUUUACGUCUUCUGUCUGGGCUGUGAGAAAUUCAUCUACACUCCUCUUUAGUACGUUAAUUACAAGAAUAUUUGGAGUUAAGAGAGGGAAGGAUGAGAAUUCGAAAAAAAACAGAAUGACAGGGAGAGAGUUCUUCACUCGAUUUCCAAACCUUUAUCCAUUCUUGCUGAAUCAGUUGGAAGUGAUAGCUAGCGCAAUGGAGAGUGAAAGUGGUAAAUUAAAGCUCCAUCCGAGUUUGUUCCUUUUGCUUUUGAUCUUGGGUAAACUGUAUCCUUCACCAAUGGAUGGAACUUACUCUGCCCUCAGCAUGGCACCCUUCGUCCCAUUUAUUUUGAAAUGUGGUCUCUCUGCUGUGUAUCGUUCCCGUGAAAUGGCUGGUCGAGCCCUUGUUCCUUUUAUUAUGACAAAUCAGGUGCCACAGACAGUGAAGUCUUUGUUGGCAGAUCUACCAGACUGCACUCAUCCUUGUGUGAGACAGAAUGCUGUUCAUGGAACACUGAUACAAGUAUUUUACUUGCUGCAAUCCUACUUGGAGUCCAAACACAGAGCUAAUUCAGACUUUCAACAAGGCUUGAGUGACAUUAUCUCUUCUGUUGAAGCCAAGUUGUGGCUGGCAAACAGGCAAAAUCCUUGUCUGGUCACUAGAGCGACGUAUGUUGAUGUUCUUGUUCUGCUGAAUAAUUACAUUGGAAAAUCUAGAAUAAAAGGAGCUGAAUUUCAAAGAUUUUGGGAGAAAAUGGCUACAAUUGUCUCUAAUUCUGAGCUGGCAACGGGCAUCCCCUAUUCUCCUGCAGUACCUGGACUUGCACAGUAUCUCCAAAGCAUCACCAAACUCUUAAUAUCUAUGGUCUCAGUGACUGCUGAUCCUGGAUUUGCAAACCACGGUUUACUUGAAACGGGGAAUGCAACAGACCCUUGUUUAUCAGUUGCACAUCUCCUACAUUCUGAUUUCCAUGAAGUGCGCUUGUUGGUCCUGGAAGCGACCCUGCUAUGGUUGAAACAAAUGAGUGGUCAACCUAUGAUUGAAGGAGGAGGAAAAAACCUUUUAUCUCUACUGUCUGGCUUGGAGGAGAUUCUUCUUGGAAUAGCUGUAAAGGAAAAGCAUCCAGAAUGUUUUUGCAAGGUAUUGGAGGUUCUAUGUGGUAUGGAUUUCAGAAAUGUGCUUCUGAAGACAGAAGAUGCCAUAAAAAUGAAUCCAAGGGAUUUCUUGCAUUGGAUUAUGAAUAUUGCAGAUACUUCGGACAGCGUUGAAAUUCAAAGUAUAUCCCUUAAGCUCGCUUCAAAGUUAAUCGUCCAUCUUGUACAAAAUUGGCAGGAGGAAGUAAAGUCCGAGAUGAAACAAUGGAUUCAAAUAGUCACUUAUUGUUGUGAAGAUGAACAACAGACAGAUCUCAGGCUGGCUGCUGCAGAUGUUCUUGUCACUGUUGCACCAUUUUUCCUGACCAGUCAGAAUCUUCUCUUGGGUCUGUCUGAUACCCUGCUUCUCUGGAAAUGUGUUAUUCAGCUGUUGCAGAGUGAAGAGCAGAUGGUAAGAGAUGCAGCUGCUGGUGUUGUCAGAGUGGCCUUGUCUCAGGAAAGCAUCUUUAGAAAAAAAGAGCUUGACUUCCGUGUCGUAAAUGCAUCAAUGGCCUUGGGUUUAACAUUUUCCAUACUAUGUGAACUGUUACAGAAGUGGAAGCAGACCAGUGCUGGAAUACCAGUCUUGCUAGAGUGGUUGCUAGGAAAAGAAGAUUUGAAAGUUUUCGGGACCAGAACCUUGGUGGAAAACGACUGUCUGUUUGACAAGGGACAAGCAAAUUUUUGGGCUGAGAAAAUAACCCAUGCAAGGCAGCUCGGCGAACAGCUCCUUCUGCUCAUACCAGUGAGUCAUGUCAGUCCAUGUGAUCAGGAAAAACUCCAGCAGUUGACAAGAUCAGCAUCUGAUCAAGCCCGGCUUGUGACCCAGCUUCUUAAAGAAAUGCCCCCAGUUCCAGAAUUUUCACGGUCUGUAGAGUUCACCAAGUUAGUUAUUCAAAAGGAGAGGAUAUCAAUUUGCCUUAAGGUUCUAACCUUACUUGGUGCUGGAAAUCAAGCUUGCAAGAAACAGGAAAGGCUUGCGGAAGGCGACUACUGA